GUUAUCAAAAGAGGAGAGCAUAAAAGAGAGUCCAUUCCAUUCAUUUCGUUUGGUUUUAUCUUCUACAGACUGCAACACUGUCACUUCUAUUUUUCUUCUCCAAACCCUAAACCCUUAACUCCAAGAUGAAUAGGGAGAGGCUUAUGAAGAUGGCUGGUGCAGUUCGCACCGGUGGCAAGGGAAGCAUGAGAAGAAAGAAGAAGGCUGUCCAUAAGACGACAACUACAGAUGAUAAAAGGCUUCAGAGCACUCUGAAGAGAAUAGGAGUGAAUGCAAUUCCUGCAAUUGAAGAAGUUAAUAUAUUCAAGGACGACAUUGUUAUUCAAUUUGUGAACCCAAAAGUUCAAGCAUCCAUAGCGGCCAAUACUUGGGUUGUUAGUGGCGCCCCACAGACUAAGAAAUUGCAGGAUAUUCUUCCUCAAGUUCUUGGACAUUUGGGACCUGAUAAUUUGGAAAACCUUAAGAAAUUGGCGGAGCAGAUCCAGAAGCAGGCGCCCAGUGGAGGUGCUACUGCGACCACAGCGCCAGAGGAGGAUGACGAUGAUGAUGUUCCAGAGCUUGUUCCAGGGGAGACAUUUGAAGCUGCUGCAGAGGAGGCUAAAGCUACUUCUUAGAAAGAGUAGGUGAAUUUUGUGUUAAUUCAUACACUGCCUAUGUUUUUUUUGAAGAAGUUAUUUAUGUCACUACAGCUUCAUCCUUUAUGUUAUGUUUUAGUAACACCAGAUUAUUGUUUGAUGUUCUGUUCCAAAACUGUUCAAAACUUUCUGAUUUUAGUCGGUUAUUACAGUA